UUCUCCACUUCACCCACCGACUUCACUACGACGUGGAGCGGUCGAGCUAUAUACACAGCAGCAAUCGCCUCUCACUACAUAUCGAUUCUCAAGUGCUGUUUCUCUUACUUAUCUGCACAGCUCUCGACUUCACUUCAACCGAGGCCUCCCUAUAUAAAAUACCCCCUCCGAUCCUCCCACCCUCCUUUCUUCUCCCCACCACCUCUCCUCUACCUCAUACCCUUCAUCUUUUGUCGGCCCGGAGCUUCUCGACUGCUUUCCACAUCAGUCCACCAGCCUUCCGGUUCAUUACCUAUCACUGUGUAUCCGAUGAAUCCCAAAGCCAAUAAAUUCACCCCGAAGACUUCCCAGAAUAGUCAAAGUCAGGCUGUCGAGACUGCAGACGAGAUGACCGAGGAGCUCAUGCGCAGUCACGCGUCUCUUGAGCAAAAGGUCAAUCAAUACGUAUUCGACAAGGUCUCUCUCGAGAAUACAUUGAACAAGCUCAUACGUGACAACGUGUCCUUCCGGUCAGAUAUCGAGAAGCUCGAGAAGACCGUCGAAUUUCUCCUCUCGUCCGUCAAUAUGAUCAAGGCUCGUGACUUGAAUGCAAUUACGACUGUGGGUCCAAUCCAAGAUCAACGGGUGGCUGAGUUUAUACGAGAGCUCGAAAAUAUCAGCCACGAUGCGCGAAUUCUGGGAGCUUCUAUCGAUGGUGUUAAUGAUGAUCGGAAUCUGGCUGUCCACAACGUCCCAGGGCCAACUCAUGCGCGCGAACCUACCAACGGCCAUUCAGCUCACUCAGAUGCCCAUCUUCCUGUUCCAAAAAACAAGACGAACGGCAAUCCCGCUCCUUCGGUUGGACAUGGUCUCCAAGACUCCCUCCUGACUGAUUCUGAGGUUGAAACCAUUGACGACGACGCCACUACCGUGACUGGCUCAAUGUCUAAUAACCAAGCCAUCGUUUUGCAGGCGAAAAACGAUACGCCUGCGGCUGCGGCCACCUGGAUCCCCCACUACAUCGAAACCCUUCGCCCCCUCCACACAGCAAUUGCCAAGUUGAUCCCUCGCAUGGAGAUGAAGGGUGCCACGCUAGGAACCUUAAACACUAUAUUUCCGAAUGCUCAAUUGUGGUCACCUGGUCUCUUCUAUGCGCCUCCGGAUACUGGUAUCUCCACACUUCCCAACCGUUGCUACUACCUCAUUGAUGCCGAUGUCGAGCCGUUCGCGCCCCCUGCUCCAGGCCAACAUGGCGCAAAGCUCGUCCCUCUCUUCCGUCCCGAAAACCCCGAAGACGACCAUCAGGAUGAAGGACGGUAUGGCGUAUAUUCCGAGGAUACCCCGUUGUUCGUUCGAAAGAAAGAUGCAUCUGGCACCCUGAUGUACUACUAUUACGGCAACUACUCCCAGACUCGUUGGUCUGAUAAACUCGACUACGACCGAAUGAUCGAACAAAUUCCUCACACUGUCCUGGAAUACUGGGCUGAGCGGCUCAGCACUGUCAAGGAUCGUCCAGAGUGGCUCACGCACGAGUUGCUCAAUCACUUUUGGCCUAUGCCCAAGUAUGAAGGCAAGAUCGGUAGUGAUUCCGGCGGUUCAUCAGCUGCGAAUGGAAAUCAUAAGGCGGCUGAAGGGGAUGGGAAAUACAGCAAGAAAGUUGCAAAGGCGCUCGCCGACUACAUGAAAGAGCUAGAAUUGUGGGAGGAGGAGAAGCGCACAAAGCUUAGGUCAAGCGAGAUGAGCAAGAAUUUCUUCAUGGAGGCAUUCCACCGAGCUGAUGCAGACCUACCACCACCCAUGCGGUUCUACCUCGAGUACCUCGAGUGUGUCGACUGGAGGGCGGAUUACUACAACUUACUGGCUUCCAACCGCACACCUUGA